AUGACGGAUUUCGACGACAUCAAUGUAGUUAUCGAGGAUCACCUGGCCGCGCUAGAAGUCAUCAGUCAACGAAUCCUGAACGUACGCAAGCGAAUGCAGCAGGAGGACCGAUCUGAGCAUGCCAUUCGCGAGGAGCAGAUCCUGACCGCCAUUAACGCCCUGACGGACGUUCAGGACUCAACGGCGAAGAAGAUAGAGAUAAUCGAAGGCCACCUGCUGGUUAUGGUUACCAAGCUGAAGGGGAUGGCGGAAAACCUGAAGCAACCCGACACGCAAACUGAUACGGCAAUGCAGCUGAAAGGCAUCCUGGACGGAGCAUUAGCUACGAUGAUCACCAAGAUGAAUGAAUGGCAGUCACUGGCGCAGAUGCCGCAGUCGCAAGAAACGGUGGCGAGACGAGAGACCAACGCUGAGAAGGAGGUCAGCUUGGAAGAAGGGCCGACUGCAGAGAUUGAAUCGGAACGCGAAUUGAAAGAAGAAAAUGUUGGCGGAGAUGAUAACGACCUCGUAGAAGAGGACCUUCAAUUGCAAGACGACGCGCCAAACGCAGAAGAACAGGACGAAAAUGAAUUGCGUGAAGAGGAACUCCACCUGCAAGAGGAGCUCCCAACCGACGACAAUGCAAUGGAUCAAGAAGAGGGCGAACUAGCAGAGCAAGACCCUAAGAAGGAUGUUGAACCGAAAGCCCGAGAGCCCCGACCUCGUGACCGCAUAGAGGACGAACGACGUCACCAGCAACUCACUGAAGAAUUGGAGCAGGUGAUGGAAGCGGAACGCAACUUCAAGCAGCUGAUCCAGGACCUGGCAGACAGAAAAGUGUGCCCACUAUACUUGGGCAGGAUGACGGAACAAGCGGAUGCCUUCGACUGUCCCGGCUUUAGUACCGCAUUUAGGCUUCCGAUGCGGUCUCGCGAUCCUCCACCCGUUGCUAUCGUUUGA